CUCUUCUUAAUAAAGAAUCUAUUUCGAAAGUUGUCGACUCAAUAGCUUUUUUACAAUCACAAAGCGGAAUACAGCAACAAUAACGAUUUAUUAUUGUCUCUAAGCUUGCAAAGAAGAGCGUUGCAAAAGCAAAAAGAAUGGCGAAUAUUUUGAUGUUUAACGAAGAAGGAGCAAAAGAAUAUAUGCCUCAAGCAACUAUAAACUUUUUAAAUGAAAACGGCUCGUCUACCUCUCCUCGCUGUAAAGAAGACCUCUCCACCAAGAAAUUUGUUACGCCGCUGCUUUCACCUUUUUUGAAAAAAAGCAAAUAUGUAAAGUAGUUUGUAUAAGAUCUUUUUUCUGAAAAAGACAAGUAAAGCCGUGUUUUCUAAAUGAUAUACUCUUUUUUUUUUUUAAAAAAAA